CACACACUCACACACACACACAGCCACGGGCAGACAGACUGGCUCUUCAGUGAAAAACGGCAGCAAGGAAGGAGAAAACAGAAGAAAAAAGGAAGAAAAGUCGCCUCCCGCCGCUCGAAAACCAGCAACUCGGAGAGAAGUGGAAGGACGCGAAAUGCGAGCGAUAAUUCAAUCCCGAGAGGACCAUAAGGAAGAAAAAGUGCGUGAAGUGUGACAGCUGGAGAGAUUAAAGCGGAGGAGAAUUUGGGGACCCGCACGUGGAAAAACAUAAAAGAAACCCUUCAGACGCGUCGCGAAGGUUGGAUCUCUUCACUUUAACUCCUCGCUGCCCUUUACCUCCCGCCCGAUUCCAAGAUGAGUGCCAAGUCCGCCAUCAACAAGGAGGUCUUCAUCCCCCACGACGAGAAGAUGCUCGCCGCCGUGCAGGUGAAGCGGAGGACGAAGAAGAAGAUCCCGUUCCUGGCCACGGGCGGCCAGGGAGACUACAUGACCUUCAUCUGCCUUUCAGUGACGAAUAAGAAGCCAUCCCAUGUAUCCAUCACCAAGGUGAAGCAGUUCCAGGGGUCUUCUGCCUUCGUCAAAAGAUCACAGUGGACUAUCGACCAGUUACGGCAGGUCAACGGCAUUGACCCCAACAAAGACUGUCCAGAAUUCGACCUGAUGUUUGAGAAUGCCUUUGACCAGUGGGUUGCCGGUUCAGCGGGAGAGAAGUGCACCUUUAUCCAGAUCCUUCACCACACCUGCCAGCGCUACACUCCCACACGGAAACCGGAGUUCGUCAACUGUCAGUCCAAACUGCUGGGGGGUAACAGUAUACUACACUCGGCCGCAGACAGUGUGACAAGUGCCGUACAGAAGGCCAGUCAGGCUCUGAAUGAGCGCGGUGAGCGAUUAGGCCGGGCCGAGGAGAGGACCGCCGACAUGAUGAACAGCGCCGAGCAGUUCGCCGUCACUGCACACAAGCUCGCCAUGAAGCACAAAUGUUAAACCACUGCCAAAACCAACUGGGCUGGGGGUUCGGCAAUCGCCAGCUGCUGUACAGGAGAAGGAUUCCAGAUUUUAUUCUUUUUAAAUAUUUUAAUAUGAUUAGUAUUUGUUAACAAUGUUAACACCUUAAUGUUUUUGGGUUAUUGUACUCUGGUGCAUCUUGUUGAGGAAUCGAGCAGCGGGUAAGAGGAGGAGGAGGAGGAGGAGGAGGAGGAGGAGGAGAGGCGAAGAUUACAGAAUGUUUCCUGUUUCUGUUUGCCAAAAAGUUCUAAGCCACAGCCAUGACUGUACUCAAAGACAACAGCCACUCCAGAAACAUCCUCUUCUUCUUCACUAAUAUGGGUAUAUAUAUGUGAUGACAAAUCAUCAGCAGCAGUCACUCACUGGCAGGAAGCAGCUCGUCUCCCAGGUGGGCGGCUGAACGCUGACGUCUGAUUUAUCAGUGAAGUCCCUCCUUUAAGGUGUAAAAGUGUAACUGGAUCAGGCGGCAGUGGACCUCGUGAAUAUUAUACACACGCGUACAAACAUAGAGCCUCGUUUUUGAACCUACGUUGCAUCUACAUAGACGUUUCAGCCACAGAUUCUGGAUGUUGGAUGAUCUGUGAGGAAAACGCUCAGUCUACCCCGAAUGUCAAAGAAAUCCACAGGUAUACUCUUUCCUUAUUUUUUGCUUUGACUCUUUCACUUUGAGGUCUUUCAGUGUGUGGUUUUGUCCUCAAUUUCCUAAAUGUAUCAGAGCAGUAUUAAUACAAAGGAUUUACAAACUGCCACAGUGGUCAGAACGACGGCUAACAGGGAAUGAAAAUAAAUACUUUUUUCUAUGAUGCGUCAUUCAAAAACAACCAAACCGCAUGGGAUGCUGUCCCAGCUUAUAUGGAGGUGUACUUGAAGAACAUUAAUUUCAGAGUGAGCUUUUUUAGGUGUAUGUGUCAUUCAGUAUAAUAAUUUGCAUUCAAGAAGGGUUUCUGAAAGUGUGGGCUGGGCUCCUGUAGGGGGCGACAGAGAGAUUGGAUGUUUUUGGACAUUGUCAUGGAAAUAAAUCGAAAUGUUAAAACAAACUGGUGCAAAACAGUAAAUUGUGAGAGGAGGAAUUUAAUAAUUUGGCAAUUCAACCAAAAUGUUGCAAUUUGGCGGUGGAAGGUUUGAGGCUUGGUUCCAGCUCUGUGAAUUGGGGGAGGGGUCAUCCUCCCACACUUUCGAAACCCCCUGUGUUAGAGGGAGUUAAUUCAGUAAACCAGCUUCUGCAUUGUAAAAAGCAACAUGUAAUUCUUCUAGUACUAUUACCUUGAUGUUCGUAGAACUGAUUUUCGUCCCUGAACACGGGACCGUUUUGGAAAUUAAUCCUGGCUGUAUUUCAACUUUAAACGCUCAGUAGUCAUACCUUGUGCAUUUUGUAUGAUUUGGAUCGGUCAUAAUAAUAAUAAUAUUGUGUAUGCUGAUAAAGGACAAGGUGUUUCAAAUAGCAGCGGUGUAUCGUAGUUUCUUUGUCUUACUUUGUCGGCACCUUCGGCUUCAUCACUGGCAAGACUCCAGCAUCACCUCCGUCACUUGAGAUGUAUUUGAUUCUUUUUUUUAAUUUUUAUUUUUGAUAAUUCACGAUGUUACAAUGCACUGAUUACCUUUAUCUUGCUGCGCACUGUUGAGUUCAAAAUGAAUCGUUCCAGUUGCCUAACUCUUUCUGUGUGCUUUUAUUCCUCCCUAACACUUUGGAUGUUUGUUUAAAUAAAGCAAAUAUAAGGACACAUUUACAUUAUUCUCUGUAUUUCUUUUUUUUUAAUAUAUUUGGCUUUCACUGUAUUUAACUCACAUUGAUGUUCUCUUCUCAAACAAUAAGCUGCAAAAUAAGUGUCUCAAGGGUCAUUUCUGUCUAUUUUUCCAUCCGAUGUGCUUCAACACUGCUCUUAUCUGACUGAUCACAAAUCUUUACAAUACUGUAAGAUGUAAAAUAAAGUCUGUUUCACAAUCACAA